UAUUAUCGAUCGCGGUAGCAGGAAGAUCAGGAAGCAUACUGACGGAUUCAACGCAAACAAACACACCAAAAUGAUGCAAAGGAAUUCUACCUUCGAAGACAAAUGGCCAUGCAUGCGGCCAGUUGUUUUAAGUCUGCUGAAGCAGGAACGUGUCACACCUUCCGAAUGGCAGGAGCUGUUUUUUGCCGUACAUCUCGUGUGCCUCUGGGACGACAAAGGUCCGCUAAAAAUACACGAAAGUCUGCAGCAAGAUAUCGUAGCGUACAUCAAACAGGCCCAGUGCCGCGUACUGGCCCAACGCGAAGAGCAAGCCCUACUGAAAGCGUAUAUCGUCGAGUGGCGUAAGUUCUUCACGCAAAGCAAUUAUCUUCCGUUGCCGUUUGCGAAGCUGGAAAGCUGUUUGCAGAGUAAAGGUAGCAGCAGCUCGUCGUCAUCUGUUUCUUCAUCCGGAGCCGGUGCAUCUUCCUCGUCGUCAUCAGCCGGGGCGACGGGCGGUGGUGCCGGGACGAGCCAUAAUUCAGCUGCUUGUGCAUCAGCCGGCACUAGUUCGGGCAGUAGCAGCAGUAGUUCCUCCAAGAAGCCAACCCACGCCGAAGACUCGAUCGUGCGUAAGCUGAUGCUGGAUUCGUGGAACCAGAGCAUCUUCAUGAACAUCAAGCAUCGGCUACAGGAAUCGGCGAUGAAGCUGGUGCACGCGGAACGGAAUGGUGAAGCGUUCGAUUCGCAGCUCGUGAUCGGUGUGCGCGAAAGCUACGUAAAUCUGUGCUCCAACACGGAGGAUAAGCUGGAGAUCUAUAGGGAGAACUUUGAGGCGGCCUAUCUGCAUGCCACAUCUUCCUUUUACCGGCUCAAGGCAAGCGAACAACUACAGACGAACGGUGUCAAGAGCUUCAUGGAGUAUGCCGAUGCGAAGCUACGCGAGGAGGAAGCUCGAGGCGAACGAUACCUGGAACCGGGCAGCAUCACUGCCCUCGGACAGUGCUGCGUGACAGUGCUAAUAGGUGACCAUUUGCCGACGCUGCUGGCCGAAUGUGCACCGCUGAUUGAAGCACGUGAAACGCAACGUUUGCAGCUAAUGUUUCGUCUGCUAGACCGGGUGGCCGGCGGUGUCGAUCCGAUGUUACGCGAUCUGGAAAAUCAUAUCGUACAGGCGGGGCUGGCUGAUAUGGUAGCGGCUGCCGAUAUCAUUACGCAGGAUUCGGAAAAGUACGUCGAACGGUUGCUGAAGCUGUUCCGACGGUUUAGCGAUCUGGUAAAGGAAGCGUUCAACGAUGAUCCACGGUUUCUGACCGCACGCGAUAAAGCAUUUAAAACGGUCGUGAACGAUAUAACGCUUUUCAAGCUGGAACUGCCCACCUCGAACACGGCGAUGGCCCGUGGAAUUAAGAUAUCGACGCCCGAAUCAAAGUGUCCCGAGCUGCUGGCCAACUACUGUGAUAUGCUGCUAAGGCGAACACCGUUCAGUAAGCGGCUCACCACCGAAGAGAUUGAAUCUCGUCUCAAGGACGUACUGCUGGUGCUCAAGUAUGUAAGCAAUAAGGAUGUCUUUAUGCGGUACCAUAAGGCUCACCUAACGCGCAGACUCAUCCUCGACUCUAGUGCUGACAGCGAAAAGGAGGAGGAUAUGGUAGAAUGGUUAAGGGAGGUCGGUAUGCCAGCGGACUACGUGAAUAAAUUGGCUCGAAUGUUUCAAGACAUUAAGGUUAGUGAAGACUUGAAUACUCAGUUCCGAUCGCAAACGACGCGCCACGAUGCGAUUAACAUUAAGAUCCUGAAUGCCGGUGCGUGGGCACGCGGUUCCGAGCGUGUUUCCGUCAGCUUGCCGCUCGAGCUGGAAGACUACAUUCCGGAGGUAGAGGAAUUCUACAAGAAGAAACAUUCGGGCCGCAAACUCCAGUGGUACCAUCACAUGAGCAACGGUACGAUCACGUUCGCCAACAACACGGGCCGGUUCGAUCUGGACGUGACCACAUUCCAGAUGGCGGUACUGUUCGCAUGGAACCAGAGGCCCAACGAACGCGUCUCGUACGAAAAUCUACGUCUAGCGACGGAACUGCCCGAUCCGGAAUUGCGCCGAACGCUGUGGUCGUUGGUAGCGUUCCCCAAGUUGAAGCGUCAACUGUUGGUGUACGAACCGGCCAUUAGCAACCCGAAAGAUUUUACCGAAAAUACACUGUUUUGGGUGAAUCAGGAUUUUGCAAUAAUCAAAAAUGGGAAACCGCAGCGUCGCGGUAAGGUGAAUCUGGUGGGUCGGUUGCAGCUUAGCACUGAACGGUCCCAGCAGGAGGACAAUCAGUCGAUAGUGCAGCUACGUAUAUUGCGCACACAGGAAGCAAUCAUCAAGAUCAUGAAGAUGCGCAAACGGUUGAGUAAUGCUGCGCUGCAGGCUGAACUGGUUGAUAUACUUAAAAACAUGUUCCUGCCUUCGAAAAAAAUGAUCAAGGAGCAGCUGGAAUGGUUAAUAGAGCAUAAAUACAUGCGGAGAGAUGACGACGAUAUAAAUACCUUCAUUUACAUGGCGUAA